AUGUUGGCGGCCUUGCUAAAAGAAAGUAGAGAGAGGGAAGAAAGGUUACACAAAUCAGUAGAGAAGAGUUCACAAGAAACAAGAGAAUCGUUAGAGAAGCGUAUACAAGAAAAUAACAAAUCACUAAAGGAAGAUUUACAAGAAUCGUUAGUGAAGAGUUCCCAAGAAACAAGAGAAUCGUUAGAGAAGCGUUUACAAGAAACUAACGCAUCGUUGGAGAAGAAUUCACAAGAAACGAGAGAAUCAUUAAAGGAAGAUUUACAAGAGAUCAAAACGUCACAAAUGAAGAUGGAGUAUAAUUUGAAGAAGGAAAUGCAGGAGCUGCAAGAACGACUGAAGAUGGACAUCGACGAGAGAGAGAAGAAGCUACAGAAGAACAUAGACCAAGUCCAGGGAGGCGUGGAGAAAGUGGAAGGAAAAUUAACAAAAAAGAUAGAAGAUAAUAUUGAAGAAACGAAAGCCGAAUUGGGAGAAAGAAUCAACGAAGUGGAAACAAAUUGCAAUCAUCGAAUCGCCAAGGUGACGCAGAUGCAGAAACAAUGCAACGAGGCGGUUAAGGGGAUAGGAGAUAGGCAGAACCAACUAGCUGUCAAUCUGAGAAAUGUUAUAGCCGUGCAACGAGAAGAGGAUAAUAAGAGAGUGCAGCAAUUGGAGAGCAAGACAGAAGAAAUUGAUAAACGAAUUAGCAAUGCCACCUUAGCAAUUGGGGGAGCGAUCACUGGGCUGCAACGUGUGCUGGUGUUCGAGCCAGCCGAGAGGGUGCACCACACGCCGCCCACUGGAAGCCACAGUGCACAUGCUUCUGCAACACCGCAAGUGUCGCCGGCCAUCUACCGUUAUGUGCACAGCUCCCAGUAUUAG